AGAAGUGAGAAUAAGAACUGAAACUUGGCACAGUUCUUUCCUCUGGCGUUUGCCCACCUCUCCUGGUACAUCGUGCUCUGGCUGAGGCGCUGACGGCCCUUACGGCUAGCGAACGACCUAAAGGAUGUUGUUUAGCACCCAGCUAUUAACCUAUCACAUGAAAUGUCAUAUUUCAGAGCAAACAUUAUUACGUCACCCACCGUUCCUUUCUGCAACUACGAGUUCCCCUCGAUACCUUCUUUUAAACAAAUUUGUAACGAAAGAAAAUGAGCGGCUCAUUUAGAAUAGCGAUCUGGGAUCCUCCAUUGAUUAUAUCUCAGAUCGUCGCUGUGCAAUGCAUCAUGUAUGUUUCUCUUGGACUAUGGAUCAUAAUACUCUUAAAUGUUCUUGCUGGACACCCUGUUUCUAUUGACUAUAUUUUUAAAUAUCAGGUAUUUUAUUUACUUUAUCAUGGACGUCUUGUUGUUGCUUGUUUCCUGUUAAAUUCUCUUAUCAGUGCUACCUCUCUUUGGGCUAUUGUUCAAAGGACAAAACUAUGCCUGGAUUUCAGCAUCACAGCAUUUUUUGUGCAUUUGGUUGCCUCCUUAAUUUACAACUCAGGAUGGCCUUAUUCAGCAUCAUGGUGGGUCCUUCAGUUUUCCUGUGUAACUAUCACAUGUGUCCUAGCAGAAUUUCUCUGCAUGCGCUCUGAAAUGAAAUCAAUUCCUCUGGGGAUGUCUGCAAGAGUAGAUCUGUAAAAGGAAUGGGCAAGGUUGGUCUGACGUAAACUGUAAAUCUGUAAAUAAAUAUUUGAUGAUUUUACACCUUAA